AUGCCUCACCUGGCACCCCCUCUCCUGAGGAACAUCAUCCUCAGAGGCCCGUCUGAUGGCACCAGGAGGCAGCGGUGCCUCCAGUAUCUGACAGCUCUGAGGACGCUGCAGUACGACGGCUUCAAGACCGUGUAUCUUGGGGAAACGGACAUCCCUGAGAAUCUGGUAACUGGGGAAGAGUUCGGUGGUGGGCAUCUCCCGCCAGGCCCCACCUGGUGUGUCGUGCACGCCGGUGGCAGUCACGGAUGGGUGCCGUGGCGAUACCGGAUAUUCCUGAGGGACGAGCUAAGCAUCAGACCAGAGGGCAGCCUCUUCCUUGAGUUCUGCGACGUGGUGAAGAAGGCCUACGGGAAGUGUGCCAUCGUGGUCAAGGACAGAAGGCCGCCGGAGAACAUGAAGCCAGAGGACAAGGAGCCGGAGGCCGGGGCCCACGUCCCCUCGGCCGUUAACUUAACGAGCAUCGCCUGUUGCCCGGAGGUGGCCAAGUCCCGCGGCCAUGAGCUGCUGCCCCUGCCUUCCCUGUACAGCUACCUGAACCCUCUAGACUUAGCCUGGUCUUCUCUGAAGUGGUUCAUCAUCAACAACCGGAAGGAGUUCUCUCUGCAGUCCAUCGACAGCAUCUCCUCUUACCAGUUCGUGCUGUUCAGCGACUUAAUUAGCAGAGGGGUGGGAAGGAUAAACCCAAGCAAGUGGAGAAUGCUCAUUAACAAAGUGCGGAGAUGGGAAAACUACUAUCUGGGUAAGUUUUCUUAA